AUGCCCCCAUCAUAUUCCCUCUUGCAAUUGGCGGCGAGGCAUGCCGUAGCUGAGGGCUCCGACAAGGACAAGGCUAUCAAUCUCUACGCCAUUUCUGUUCAGGUCAAGACCCUUGCCGGUCUCAGUCUCCCCGACUCUCCUCAGCACAUCGACAAGUUCCCGACCAACUUCCACUACUCGGCCAAGGCCGGCGUUCUCGUGUUCUCGGGCUACGUGCACAACGACGGCGACUUGAAGAAGGCGAAGGAGAACGACGAAGCUUGGGAGAACCGGGAGAACCGAGGUGAUACUGCGUUCGUCUACGACGAGACAUUCGAGCGACACUGGGAUACCUGGGGCGCAGACGGGAAGUGGGCUCUGGGUAGCGACUUUGUGAACCUGUUGAAGAACACCAACCACCAUGCUCCUGUGGAGCCGUUCGGAGGCACCGACGACUUUGACGUGUCCGAUAGUCAUGUCAUCUAUACUGCCAAGGAUCCUCAGCAUCCGAAGGCCUGGCACAAUAAACAAAACGCAAGUCCUAGCAUAUGGAUUUGGAAACAUGGAGCGACUCACAGCCCUGUCUUUAACACGGCUGGGAACAAGGCCGCCUGGACGCAGCUGGACCGUGAUUGCCACGAGAGCGACCGUGCGAAGCUCGUGAUCUACGACCUGAAGAAGGACGUGCAGUACACGCUGGCCGGGCACUGGGACCGUUCCGUUGGCAGCAUCGCGUUCGCGCACGACGACAAGACCGUAUUCUUCACGGCCAACGAGCAUGCACGGGGCGAGAUCUUCUCCCUCCCUGUCCCUGAGACGCCGUCGAGCUCCUCGAGCGACCCCUCCUUCUCUGCAGAGUUCGCCACUGUCGGAUGGCCGGCUCGUGUUCACGCGCUCGUCGCUCACGGGAAGCCCGAGGUCGAGCAGAUCACGCGGUUUGCGGCGAGCGCGUUGAAGAGCAAAACCCUGGACGAUGGCAGCGACUUCUGGUUUGAGGGCGCUGAGGGGAAGAAGGUGCACGGGUAG